AGAAGAGAGGAUAAAGUAAAGGCACGACAGAUGGAUAUAUCCAUCCAUACAAGUGUACGUAUAUAUAGCUACAUGACACACAAAUGGCGAAUUCUAAACAGGGGCGCCCGUUGUUACUCCUUCCUUCAUCUUCAUCUACCCAUUUCAUGAACCCUAACCUCCCUCCCUCCCUCCUUACAAUCAAAUCAACAGAUAUGCAACUCAAACCAGACGAUCCCCUGCCACCACCACCACCGGCGGAGACUGCAACAACAUUUAAUCACCAAUUGAAAUCCAAAACGACGUCCUCCUUGAUGAGAAUUAUCCAAGAAGAAGAAUGCAACUCAUCCAGCAGUUCAUCCAUCGGCAACAACAGCGACGACGACGAAAUCAACCACAACGACGACGACGGAGAUGCUCAGAGUCCGUACAGAUAUGAUCCAAAAAUCAGCACUGGAUCUCUUGAUCAUGCUAUUCAAGCCCUAGAAAAAGCUCUGCCCAUCAGAAGAGGAAUAUCGACGUUCUACGAUGGAAAAUCAAAAUCCUUUACAUGUCUAGCAAACAUGUGGCGCUCAUCAACACCGUCGAUAAACGACAUUGCAAAACCAGAAAACGCCUUCAACAGAAAACGGAGAAAUCUUCUAGCUUCUACACUUUUGUCGCACAAGAACAAGAACCGAGCUUUCCAGUUAUCAAAUAUCAACACGGGCCGCAUAUCUAAAAAACCCAAAACCGCCACAUUCCACUUUGCUUCGGAAAGAGAGGAUACUAACAUACAAAACCCGAAUCUAUCGUCCAUGAGAUCGUUUUCUAUGGUCAACUUGCAUCAAUGCAGAUUCGGCUUAAAAUCAACCGAGAUUGAAAACCGUUAGUUUUUGAACUUGGAAGGGUGGUAAAAUAGGUUACAAGUAGAUAACAAAAGUAACUAAUUUUACUUUUGAUGUGAAUCACUAUGUGUCCACUUGGUAUUUACUACCAUAACUUAAUUUAUUGUCGAGUAAAAGUUUUUUGUGUAUUCGGUU